AUCGUUACAGGUCACAAAUAAGUGAAAACGCAAUCUCCUGCAUUGGCCGGAGGGCUGGUUGAUCAUCUUCACUAAAUCUUUGUGCCAUUGUGCAACUAAAUUAGAAUUCCUCUCCGUUUCUAAAAGCUCCUUCUAAAGUUAUGCGCCGCGGAUUGUGCUCGUCAACUUUGUGGAUGUGCGAAUGUGAAACUACCAUUUUCUAGUUCGAAUGAACAAAAGGAAACCCCGGACCAGGACGGGAGUCGCUGUGAACAAAGAUUUCAACUUCUGCUGGUGAUGUGAUAAGCUCCAACGCGUCAGUCAGGGGGGGAAAAGUGAAACUUUGCAAUCCACUUCACUCUCCAGCGCAGAGGAGAUCCUCUUAAGGCGUACUGCACGUGGGGCUAAACGAGAAAAUCUGUUUGUCUAGCACAAGGAAAAGUUGAAAAAAGUGUCGUAGAAAAAAAAAAGAAGAUAAACUCCUGUUCCCAAGGAUUAACGUGAACGGGAGGCCAACAUAGGCAGGUUCAUCGCAAGUGUCGGUGCGUGAAGCUACCUGUUCGAUUAUCAAUUUCGUGAAAAAGUUUCCAAAAAACCGCCACGCAUCGCGUCGAUUUGGGGCAUCAGGUGGAACGAGGCUUGGUGCAACUUUUGGGACUACACCGGCCAGGGCAACCUGGAAACUGCGGCGACAAGGUGACGCACUCGACACCGAAACAGCAGAAGGAGCAGCAGCAGCUGUAGGAAAAGUGGGAAGAGACGAAGCAUCCUGCAGAGAGCAAGUCCGCUCCUUCAAAUCUGUGCCUUAUCGGCGCUCGGUUUGGAUGAUUUUGCGCUUUCACCAGGACUCGACGACGUUCGCGACAUCCGGCGGAAUACGAAGAUAUCCUUUUACAACAAUCCGAGUUCGAAAGAUGAGGAACGGGCAAGAAUGUAGCCACCAGUAGACGCGUCAAAGCGGAGAGAGAAAGAGGACGUGCCAUCGACCGACACAGCAAGCAGCAGACGGCAUCGCAUUGAUGUGUCCUGCCAGGUCUUCCAGCACAUCUGGUGUAGCGCGGAGCAGCGGGAAUGCACGUUACAGGUCGGUGCGGUGGGACGUGGCCACAUGCCACGUCCGGGAAAUUCCUCUACAUAAACAUUCUGCUCGUCCUCGUUCCACUGCUGCUGCUGCACAAUGCCAUGUUUGUUGGCGGCGGACUGCGUAAUGGAAGACUGGUGCUGCCUAGCACCUACACAGCGUUCGGGGAUGAUAUGGACAUUCAGCUGCAUAGCGAGCCGGCGGCGACUGUAGGGCGGCUGAAGCUGCAGAUAUCGCGACACCUAGCCGGUGCUACGGUGUCCACCACGACGUUCGACAUACGGUUGGAUGCGAAUCACAACGUGACGCAGAUCAAGGUUCCAUGCCUUCACUUUCUCCAUGGCGGACACUAUGAACUGGCAGUACUGGAGGAUAGCCAAUCGACAGCUCACUCGGUGAUCGAUGAGCGGUUACGCCAGACGUUGAACGUUAGUUGGCCGACGGUCCGGCUCGCCAUUACACCGAACCGUACCGAGACGUACCCGGAAGAGCACCACGCGAUUCGCGGAUUGCUCGAGUUUGAUGGAGUGCAUUGUCAGCUGCCGAUGAAUGGCGUCGAAAUGCCCGAUCUACCGGAGCUUUGGUUGGAGUUGUUUUACUGUGGUAAAUCGGCCGAUUCUUGUCGAGAUGGCAAUGGAUCCGUACACUCAAAAGCUCAGGUGCUCUAUACCGAGCAAGUGCGAGGACUACGACCGACCAGAGAGAUCCAGUUCCGUUGCGAUCUAUUCGGUUUGGCAGGAUUCUAUGCGUUACGAUUGAAGCCGCGCGAUGGACUGAUCGACCCAUCGUUGGCCCCCCUGUUGGAACCGCGAGCUAUGCUGCAGGCUGAUUGGAGCAAAAAGUACGUCUUCACGGUGCACACUAGAAGCAUCUUUCCCUGUGAUCCUCAUGGGGCCGGCAUACGGGUCCUGUUCCAGUAUCCGAGCUGUAUACUCAACGAAUCGGACCGUGUACGGGUGUAUGCGAAACUCCGGGCUGACGUAAUGGCCCUCGUACCGCCAACAUCCCUACAUUACAUCUCGGAACAGCGUGUCAUCAAAGGACUUCACACGAUGUCCUUCGAAUGCGAUCUGUUCUACGAAAAGUUUAUCGAGUACUGCUUCGUCUACGUGAGCCAGGCGAUAUCGGGAGCCGUCGCGGACAUACGCAUGGACUGUGUACCUACGCUUCCUGUCUCAGCCUCUGAUUCCGGUGGAUGGGGUCCAUGGAGCAAUUGGACGCACUGUUCGACAACCUGUCGAGGUGGCAUACGGAAUCGGUAUCGAUUUUGUGACUCACCUCCGCCCCGCUAUGGUGCCAAGUUCUGUGAGGGUCCUUCGGUGCAGACGGAACGCUGCGGUCGGGAGAGUUCAGCCGAUUCGUGGGAGUGCAUGUUCAGUCCUGCGAUUAGCAAUCUCAACCUACCGCUAGAGAUCGAGGAUGUCAACACGGAGAUUGGUC